UUGAUUCAAUAAUAAUAGUUUUCUCUUACUGACUUUUGUAAAGCUUGCGAGGGUUUAAUUCCUACCCGUUGUCCCUUUAUUGUCAGCCUAAAUCAGCUGACCACGCCCUGACGGGAUGUAUAAUCAUGCUAAAUAUUAGAACUCCAUACUAGCUGUGAAGUAGAACUACUGCCGUCACACAUGAUAGACUUGUGUCUAACUACGAGCAAUUACAAGAAUUUCCAAAACGGUGAGUAGCUCACCUUUGUGGCUCUUCAUGUGACUCCUCGGUGAACGGGGUAAAGGUGGACUGUUUUGUGCUGCCAUCUGACAACUGCCAUUUUCGGGUUGCCGGCAGUCGUCUUUUGUGUAUCGAGUAUUUUUGCGAGGGAUACGUUUUUCAUCCAACAUGUCCAACAAUCGGACAAACUGGUCGGCAUUGUCCAGCUUGGCGCGCCAAUGGACAAUGGAGGAUGAGGAGGAGGCAGAGAGGGAGAGGAGGAGGAGGGUGAAGAGCUCAAGCAGUACCUGUGACCUGGAGUUGAACGCCACUGCGGCGGCGCCGAUCGACUAUGCCACCACCACCAGCAAUGUUGUGGACUCCGCACCUGAAACAUCUCAGAGCGCCGGCAGUAUUGAGAAUAUGCAAAUGGACUUUAUGGAGAUGCUGCGUAUCCGGGAUGAAAAGCGCAGGAUGAGGCAUGUGGAGACGUUGAGGCGUCAGAAGGGGGUACGGGAGGAUGAUGCGGACGAGUCAGAGAAGGCGACGCUUUACAUUCCUAAAGAUGUCAGAUCCAAUCGUGCUGAAAACACCGACAUAGAGCCUUGCCCAGACUCUAGCCCCAGUGGCCCCCAGCAAGAAAACGGAGAACCGCCGGAGAACGAGUCGGUUUCCAGACAUCAUUCCACACCGCCUCGGAAGUUUAUCAGUUCUGUCUCAAUCUCAAUCGACAACAGCCCCUAUUCUCCGAAUCGCACCCAGUCCCUGACAAACCCCAGACCCAACGGAGAACACUCACCCUGCCGGAGUCCCAUUUCCAAUGGACAUGCAGAGGUUUUCGAGGAGAAUGUAAACAGUUCUUCAACCAACAAUAACCCCGAACAAACUCCCAAACCUGUGUUCAUCAGGAAGAGCUCCAGGACCCUAUCAUUCAGGAUGAUGAAGAAGAAAGAAGAGGAGAAUUUUCCACUGCAGAGGAGUUCAAGUGUCAGGAUGGCAUCGAAAAAGUUUGAGACCACUACGGAUCAAGCCGCCAACGAGCAAAAAUCAUCUUUCCAGAGGAAUUCUGUGCAAAGAAUCUCAUCCAGGUCCAUCCAGGAGAAGAUGGAAAGACUAGCCGAGGCUGCACAGAAAUCAGAAACACCUCGAUCUCCAGAUGUGAGCCAACGGACCUUGUACCUGCUGGACGAGGUGUCCAGGAAGAGAGGCCUCUUUGAGAAUGAGCAGCAAACAGUAAAGCAAACAAGCUCUUCUCAACAUGAAUUUCGAGGGUCCUCAUCAGGAGUCUCAGACAGGAUCAACCGCUGGCUUGACAAGACCAACCAAAGUGGAUGUUCCUCCAGUUCCUCCACGGACUUGAAACAUGUGGACAUCACCAGCAAGCGAAGUUUAUUUGAGAACAGAAGUCACGACAGUCCCGCAAAGUCCAAACCACCUGGAAAAAUCUAAGUGAAAGAAUUCCUCAUUUGUAUUUGUUUGGUUUGUCAGUUGUGGAAAUAUAGCUAAUUAGCAUCGCUUUCUCUGCUUUAUUUGUCAGAAACAUUUUUUCCAUCUUCUCUGCCAGUGUAACCAACUACUGAAAGAUUUGGAACUAAAACUUAAACAUGUAACGUUUCAAUUACUUCAUGAAAAUAUUACUUUAAAUGUAAUAUGCUUGACGUAAUAGAAAGUUCACUGGUAAGCACUUUAAAAUAAGAGUUAUUUUGUUCUUGAUUGUCUACUUUAUUCGGUUGCUGCUUGUGGAAUAA